GUUUAUUUCUCAACAACUUCAUUCAACAUUUGCACUUUGCACCUAUCCUUCCAAUUUUGGAGCAUUCGCACCGAAAAUGAGUGUCCCUCAUAUACAACACAGGCUAGACCCUGAUGACCCUAAUACUUCCAUCAAAGCUGUUAUUAAGGAAAUCAAACCAGAGUUGGACCCGGAAAAUCUCGAAUUCUUCGAAUUCACUGAAGGCAUCAGUAACAAGCUAGUCGGGUGUCGACCGACCGGUGGAUCGGAUCAAGAAAUCUUACUCUUUCGCAUUUACGGCAAUAAAACUGAGCUCUUCAUAGACAGAAAGAAGGAAAUUGCAACCUACAGCAUUUUAAAUCCGUUAGGAUAUGCCCCGCCUGUUUAUGCAACUUUUGAAAAUGGUUUCUGCUACGGUUUCAUGGUUGGGAGUGUGAUGUGCACGAAGACCGUAUGUGACCCCCACAUUUCUUCCUUGAUUGCAAAACAUGUGGCAGAUCUGCACGCAAUCAAACUACAGGAAGAAAAUCCACAGCCAAGUUGGUAUAAAGCAAUCCUCCAUUUCUUCAGUAUCAUACCGGACAAGUUCCCACACGCAGCCAAAGAGAACAGAUUUAAGGAAGUGCUUGGAAGUAAGGCCCAUCUGCUUGAGGAGGUCAAACUACUAAAUAGCAAGUUAGAUAAGCUUGAAAGUGCAAUAGUUUUUGCCCAUAAUGAUCUACUUUGCAAGAACAUUAUUUACAACAAAGACAAGGAUUCAGUAUGCACUAUUGACUUUGAGUAUGCCAACCCUAACCCGAUAGCAUAUGAUAUUGCAAAUCACUUCUGUGAAUAUGCAGGUGUUGAUGAAGUUGAUUAUAGUCUCUACCCCCAGAAAGACCAUCAGGUUAAAUUCUUGGAGAGCUACUUGAAAAGGGCAAUGGAAUUACAAGGUAUAUCUGUUCAUACUUCAGGAGAAAAAGAUGUUAACCCCAGCAGUAAAGAAAUUGAGAAGUUGUAUGUGCAUGUGAAUCAGUUUGCAUUGGCAGCACAUUUCUUCUGGGGUGUGUGGGGUCUUGUUCAAGCACACUACUCUGAAAUAGACUUUGAUUUUCUGGAGUAUGCCAUUACUAGAUUAAAUGAGUACUAUCUGAGAAAAGAGAAGUUUCUCUCAUUGACCUGUGAGUAGAUAAUGUAGAGGAAAAAUAUAACUUUUACAGGGAGUUCUAGCUACCUCAUCAUGUCUAUUCUGGUGGUCUACCAAAUUUCAAUCCCUCCUUUGUCUGCAAUUAAGAAGUCUUCUCAAUAAAAGGAAAAGUAGACUUUCUCAUCAAGAACCAGUAUUAUCUUGUAUUUGUUUGUUUACCUUGUGUAUUUUAAACAUUUUGGCCAUCUUAUGUACCAAAACCAUUUUCUAGCAUAUCAUAAGAAGGCAUUUCUUCAUAACUGAAAAUGUAUCAUGAAAUGGGGAGUAUGUGUGGAAAAGUAUGUGUAGCCCAUGAAAAUGCCGAUUGAGACUGACAUUAUAUCUAAAUUGUUUUUAUUAUAAUCAGAUCUAUUGUAUUUAUUGCACAUUAUAUAUGAAUCCA